AUGCAUGGCAACGUCUUACAAAAUCCUAACAACCGUUACCAGAUUAGUACAACACUUCAAAGGAUUCCUUUAACAGUCAAUGCCACUUUAAACUGGUGGGGAGAAAGUACUCUGAAUUUAGUCUCAUCCCUAAUAAGGGAUAAAACUACAGACUACAGAUUAUCCCUAACAGUCGCCUUCAACCCAUUCCUACAUUUGCCGCCAAGGAAGUCCCUCUCAGGUAAGUACUCUUGUCUGAAGCCUGCACUAGUUGUUACUACCGUCUGCCAUAGUUGUCCCACUUUAAACUGGUGGGGAGAAAGUACUCUUUCUUAGUCUCGUGCAUUAUAAUGGAUGGAUAAAACUAUAGACCAGAUAUUAUCCCUGACAGUCGUCUUCAAUCCAUUCUUACCUUUGCCGCCAAAGGAAAACGCUUUCUAGUAUGUACUCUUAUCUGAAGCACGGGUUUUGCUGCUACCUUUUACGAUAGUUGUGACACGCAAACCAUUCUAUUCUGUACCUGUAUGGAAGCAGCCUCUGCAUUUUAUUACAGUUUGUGCUGUUGUUGAAAACUGAAGAACUUACAAACGAGGUAGAUAUGCAGUGCAAGAAAACCUUUUCGCCUCGUUCCCAUGCCAAGACGACUAAUAACUGAUUGACAUGUACAUCUAUCGAACUAGUCUGUUUGCCUUAUUAAAAAAAAAAUUAAUUACAGUUCUUCACUAAAACAUGAAUUUAUCUUACACUUAAACAUAUUCCAAGCUUAGCACUAUAACCUUUUUUUUUUCAGUUUCGUGUCCACCAGAAUGGAUGAUAGAAGGUGAACUUUGCUAUCUUUACAAGGGAAUUGCUUUUACAUAUAAAGAGGCUGAGGAAUACUGUGAGGUAACAACGUCUGUAAUCAGUACAAGCAUCUUUGAUCUAUGGGCGCUGGGGAACUAUGCCGUCAUUCAAAAUGGCCGCUCAUGGUCCGCCAUCUUAAAAUUUCACUUAGCUUAAAAUUAUACGUUUUUAGUGCUGUCUGACAAAUAAACAUGCAAUAGUUUAAAGUUUUGCGGUUUUUGCUGACCAUAAAUAUUUCGUUUUGUGUCUGUAUUUUACAGAACUAUGGUGGAUUUGUAAUGGAUAUGGCAUCAGUCGAGAACAGACAACUAGUGCAGCGUCUGAGAGAGAAGGAGUCUUUGAUUACUUGGGAAAAACAAAUGCCUGCAUUGUGGACUACGAAGGCAUAUUCGGUAAGUCUGUCAAUUCUCUAAAAUCUACUAAACACGUCCAUGUUUGUGUUUGUUUAAAUGACAUAUGGUACUUUUUAACACGAGUAAAGGGAUUUUUUAAUAUGUAUCGCUGUAUAUUACGAGGUUGUUUUCCUUUCCAUUAAUAAACAGUUUACUUAACAUUGAAAUUGAUGACAUCAAAGUUAACUGAGAAUUUUAGGCUCAGCAAUAAAAAUGGUCGCAAAAUUCAAAUGGCGGACUCUUUUUUCCACAACACUUUGACAAUGUUGCGAUGCAAUUCUAUCAUCAAUAAGAGGGCAGAUGAUACAAAUAAAAAUAAAAAUAAAUCUGGCGUUAUUUUGUUAAUUACUAGACUGCAAAAGCACUGCCUCCAACCAGUGAAGGCAGGCUAAUAAUACUUUCUAAAUAUAUUUACAGGUCAAUAGUGACAGAUGCUUUGCAGUAAAUAACACUGGAAGAAUUGAAGAAUCUGACUGUGAUAGACGUCAUCCAUUUGUUUGUACAAGACGACCAGGUAUUAUUGACAAACAAUGAAUGUAGGUAUAGUCUUUUAGUUAUCAAAGCUUUUUUAGAAACGUAUCGUGUCGUGCUAUAUACUCAAUACUUGACGAGUAGGUUUAAUAUCUGCUAGAUUGCUCUUCAGUUUUUGACAGGGGUCACUGGGACGAAAAUUGUUCUUACUGGAAUUGAAAAACUUUAACAGUCCCCAGUCAGUUUUUUCACAGUCUUUAACAGUUAUUCAAAUGCUUUAAUUUAUUUCUAAAUUUGUCUAGAGACGACUGUCAUUUCACACGAAAAUUUAUCUUUCAACAUUGUGUAACUGGCACAUGAUUUACAGGCAAUCGAGCCAUUUUUGUUCAUUUUGAUCAAUUUUGUCUAGCCCCUUUUGGGAAAAUUUCCAAUAAGAUAAAAAAAAAGAUAAAGCCACAAAGAUGUGACCAUCUGAAGUUUCAACACUCUAGAAAUCACGGAGGGAAAUAGCGAGGAACCUGGGACGAAAUAGGCGACAAUCGGCGACAAAAUUGUUGAGACACUGUUCUUAAAUAGGAUGACUUCGGAGAACAAAAGAAUCCGCACCCCUCCCCUGUCCCCUCCAUUCAAAGUUGGGGUGUUUGUUAUUUUCUGUAGGUAGCUAGAACAAGGGCACAACAUUGCACGAAGGGGAUGGGGGAGGAAAGCUAUAUUUCCCCCUUUUGAAGUUCAUAAAACGUAAAAAAACCCACUUUUGGGCGAAGUGCCUCAACUCAUUUUGUCGCCGAUUGUAGAUACUAAUCUACAAAAUUUGG